AUGGUUGCCGCCUCGAAGCCCGUCGUCCCCCAGAACGACAAUGUCGCUCACGCACUCGCCGGCGCCGGAGGGGGUCUCCUAUCCAUGAUCCUCACUUACCCUCUGAUAACAAUCUCCACCCGUGCGCAGGUCGAGGCCAAGCAGGCCGACUCGCAAAAGAGCGCAGGCGCGUUCCUCGAUGCCGUCCGUAACAUCGUUGCCCGCGAGGGGCCAUCGGGCCUAUAUGCUGGCCUAUCGUCGGCCCUUUUCGGCAUCACCGUCACCAACUUUGUCUACUACUACUGGUACGAGUGGACGCGCGCGUUUUUCGAAAAGGCCGCCGUGCGCGCCGGCCGCGCCUCGAGCAAGCUGACAACGGUCGAGUCGAUGCUGGCCGGCGCCCUCGCGGGGUCCGCUACCGUCCUCAUCACGAACCCCAUCUGGGUCGUCAACACGCGCAUGACCACGCGGAAGCAACAGGUCGCACAGGCUUCCGACGAAGAAAAGGCCGCCGAGGAGGGUCAGGCUGGCGGUCCAGACAAGGCGGAGACUAGCGUCGUCAAGGCGCCCAAGGUCGAGCCCGCGCCGGGGACCAUGGCCACGCUGCUUGCGCUGUUGAGGCACGAGGGUCCCCAGGCGCUGUUCCGUGGCGUCAUGCCUGCCUUGGUCUUGGUCAUCAACCCUAUCUUGCAGUACACGCUGUUCGAGCAGCUAAAGAAUGUGGUCGAGAAGAGGCGCCGCGUCACACCCACUGUGGCCUUCUUCCUGGGUGCUCUGGGAAAGCUUUUCGCUACAUCCAUUACGUAUCCCUACAUUACCGUCAAGAGCCAAAUGCACGUUGCCGACAAUGGAAGGAAAGAGGGCAUGACGCAGGCUAUCAGGAGAGUCAUCAAAGAGGAGGGAUAUGCUGGUUUGUACAAGGGAAUUGGUCCCAAGGUCAGCCAGAGCGUUUUGACUGCAGCCUUCCUUUUUGCUUUCAAGGACGUCCUUUAUGAACAUACGGUUAAGCUCCGCGGUACAGUAGCGAGGAAGCAGCUUUGA